CAGCUUGGGAGCGCGCGGCCGUGAGCUGGUGAGCGACGGAGAUAGAGCGGUGGACAGGAUCCUUACUCCCGACGUCAGACACAACGGGGACUUCGAUGAAAAUGGGAUUGCUCUCAAUUGACAUUUGUUGAGUAAAGUAACUCCGAAAUAUUCAAGGCUUAUUCCGGCGUUGUGUAUGUAGAACAUUCAGGUCCAAACACAUCUUUUACAGAGAAGCGUCUGUUUUCGCUAGGAUGUCUGUCAUUAUGGGCCGUUUUGAUUCUGUAUCUCGUACGUGGUUUGGAUUUCUGUAUUCUAUCGACUGUGUUUCUUUUCACCGUUAUUUUCCUGAUUUUAUUCUGGACAGUUUAUGUCUGGGGGUCUCUUAAAAUGGUGAAUUUGGAGGGCUUACAACGUGGAAAUGUUACAUUUCGGUACUUGCUGUUUGACAGGAAUUUGGAAGGCAACGGCGGAAUUACCUACUGUCGAGAAACACUCCUACACCGACAGUAUUUUGUUUUCUAUCUUUUAAGAUGGGCUACCAUCGUCUUUGCUAUGCUCUAUUGCGCAGGCGUGCUGGCCGGGCCACUGUCACCACGCUUCGCUACACUCCUGCGUGAUGUACAAGUGAGCAAAGUGAAGAAAACUGAUCGUUAAAAUGCAUUGGCAAAGUGGUUUUGCUUCUGUCAAAGGAUUUACUCGUGAUCCUUAAAAACAUACAUUGUGCCACAACGAAGAAUGUCAGCGACGCCCACUGCAGAACCAGAAGGAGUAGUCUCCAAAGUUAAAGUGAAAAAACAGAUUAAGACAAUUGUGAAAGAUUUGGAAACAAUCCUCGGAGAUUUGAAGGAUGUUGCGAAGGAACUGAAAGAGGUUGUGCACGAGAUUGACUCCCUGACCUCUGACCUCCAGCUGGAGGAGGAGAUGACGGACAGCUCCAAGACGGACACCCUCAACAGCAGCUCCAGCAGCACCACCACCACCACCACCGCCUCCAGCAUCGACAAGUCCAAGCUCUACCCAGAGGACGCCACCUUCAGACCCCUGCUCGCCAUCUGCCCCCCCGCGCCCACCACGGUCCUCACCGUCCUGAGGAAGCCCCACCCUCCCCUGCCUCCCCCCAGACUCACCCCGCUGAAAGCGGACGACCACCAGGGCAGGAACGGUCCCCUGGCCUCGUGGAACCUCCUGUCCAAAACCAAUGGGACCCUGAUGAGGAACGGAGGGGGCAUGAUCAGGGAGACUUCCUGCUUCCUGACCGGCAGCUGUCCUGACGAGCCCCUGGUGCCCCUGCCCCUGCCCAUGCCCCUGCUGCGGCACGACAAGACCCGAUGCCCCCAGGCCACGCGCGAGCGCGUCCGCUUCAGCGAGACGGUCCAGUACCACGGCUACUGUCACGACUGCGACCUCCAGUACGAGGUGGACGACACGGACGCUCACCUGCCCGAGCCGCCCGACGCCAGGCUGAGCCCUGUGCAUCGCUGCUCCUCCCCCGAGCGCCCCCUGCAGCUCGCGUUAGAGAACGGCAGGCUGCCGCUCAGUCGGGGCUUCCCACCCACCCUGGCCCCUCCCCCUCCCUGCGUGCCUCCUCGCCAGCCCUCCGUUAAACCUCAGAAAACCAUCCUGAGGAAGUCCACCACCACCACGGUUUGACGUUGAGCCCGCCACACUGACUUCAGACACGUUUUUGAAUUAUUCAUAGUGUUUUCUUUUUUCCACAAGCACUUUUUUACUCUCCUUGUUAAACUUUGGAUUAUCCAAUCAGUGAGAGGAAACAGAAAGAGGGAUGGAAAGGGAGGGAAAGACGUCGUCACGGGAACAGAGGCGAACGCGGAGGAGAAGCAGAAGCAUUCUGGGAUGCGAUGGUAAGAGCCUGUCUGACAGCCCUGAGACUCCUGUUCUCUUCGUCUCCAUCUCUGUUUUUGUCUCUCCUGAUGGGCCUUGGGAUUUGCAAAAACAGAAAGUAUUGUUUGUGUCGAAUAUUGUCAUUAAUUCAUGUUCUGGGUGGAGCAGGAAAGGAAUAAACAGCUUCUCACAGA